AUGGCGCAGGCCCAGCAGGAGGGCGGCGAGCGGCUGCACUCGACGGUGCGGCUGAACCAGUUCUCGCUGCAGUUCGAGGACGCGGCGCUCGAGCGCGCGUACCAGGCGGGGCUGCACCCGCGCAAGAAGGCGCUGUGGCUGCGCUCGCUGCUGCCGGCCGCCGCCUCUCAGAUUUUAUUCGCACUGGCCGACGGGCUCGACUACCCGGUGGAGAACCUACUGGUGACGGUGCCGACGCGGGUGCUGAUAGCGAUGCUUCAAGUUGCCAUGUUCCUGCUGGUGCGGUGGGACCUGGUGCGAGCCAGGGAGCAGACGAUGCUCCUCGUGUCCGUGGCCAGCGGCAUCCCCACGCUGCUGCUGUACGCUCUGCAGCGCCCAAGUCUCUGCCAAUGGGACGCGAUGUUCGUGACUUUCGGGCUGUCGUUCUACACGAUUCCUAAAGUGACGCCGCUGGGCUACGUAUCGUCGUUCUACGGCAGCUGGACCACUGCGGCGGUGUAUGCGGCGCUCACUUUCGUGGUUCGACCGCCGCCUAGGAGGGCGGAGGGCGUGCUGGGCAUCUUCUUCCUCGUGCCCAUGGUCUGGGUCUUCAACACCAUCGCGUACUACUCGGAGUACAAUUCAAGAGAGCGGUUCGCGCUGCGUCGACGGCUGAGGCGGGAAAGUAUCACGCUCGCUGUGGCCUGCACGUCUGCGGGCGGUGAAGCGCUGCUGCAGGGCGGGGAGGACGACGGCUGGCUGCUGCUGCACACUUUGUCACUGCGCGGCUUGAUGGCGGCGAAUACCAACAGCACGGCGUCUUUCGUCGUCGCUGUGAUACUCUGGGGAGCUUUCACGUUGGGUGGCUGGACGUCCCUCCCUGACACGCUCAAGUUUGUGGAUGAAGCGACUGGGUGGGCUUGGUUCAGCCACUGCGCUGGUGUGACUGUGUUUCUGCUGGUGAUGACACGACGGCUUCGGUGGCUGCUGGUCGUUCCGGUUGUCGGUGCUUUCGUGCUGUGGGUGAUGUCGCUGGCGAUGCCGGCGUCGUGGAUUAUUUUCUCGGCUCACAGUGUGGGAUACGGCCUUUUGUUGGCCUCUGUGGUGAUUGCCAUGGGCGUGUUUAGCUGGUUCGUGUGCGCAUGGAGAGAGCUCGUGUCGUUCCUGACCCGAUCGUGCUUCCUGUACCCUCAGCUGCAGGCGGGUAUGGAGAGGGAAUACCCCCUGCUCGUGCGAAUCGUAUCUGAGUACACUGCUGGCUUUGAUCCUGAGAUUUUAUCAGCGCGGGUCCCAACAGCGACAGCGAUUGAGUCAAUGGGAUCACACAAGCCAGAUCCUGUUUCUGUUAAGCCUACGGCCACAGAAGAUACUCUACCAAAACGAGAAAGCAGCCUGGUUAGCACGGAUGACCCCUCAGACCGGAAAAUGGUGUCGGUUCUGCCUUCGUUUAAGCCGGGCAAGUGCUUCUUCUGCUCCAAGAACGACGCCGAGCAUUUUGUGCCUGCCUGCGGUAUGUGGGGCAAGUGGACUCACUGGCGAAUGAAUCAACAGCACAACAUGAAUACCACCUCUAUUGCCGCUGCGUCCUCGGGGGCUGCGCUGUCCAAGGGUGCAGUUACAGUGUCGAUGUGCACGUCGUACUACGAUCUCCAGAAUGAUAAAUCUAAGCUUGAAGCUCGCGUUCAAGGCGAAGAGAAGAAAAAUGCGGAUCUAACCAAAAGGCUCACAGCAUGUGAAGAUCGUGAACAGAAGCUUUCAUUGGAGACGGUACGGCUCAAGGCAGAGCUUCACGCUAUGGAGGAGAAGCACGCGGCGGAGCUUCGGCGGUGUGAAGUGCACCUUCAAGAGAAAAUCGAGGCCGUACAGAAGGAGGCAAACCGUGUAGCUCAUGAACGGAAACUGGAAACCAAGAAGGCUGAAGUUGCCCAGUCCGCUGCAUUGCAGAGACGGUGUGAGCGGAUGACUGAAGAAAUUGCCCUGCGUGCUCAGAACGCUGAAGAAGAAGCUGCAACACUGCGUGAAAGCCUGAAGCAAAGCCAAGAAGAAGUCGGUGACUGGAAAUCCAAAUUCGGAGAACUCAAGAGCCAAAUGUCGAGCCUGGAGCUUCGGUACCAGCAGCAGAUUCAAUCGCAUGGUAGAUCUUCGCCUCGUUUCGGUCCCUCCGCAUUGGAAUUCUCCUUCUCGUCGACUGCAAGCGGCGGCUCCUCCGUCGAUGUAUCUCCUGUGGCGUCCCUACAAACCUUGCAGCCGGCUGGACGUCUGCCAUACGCACAGUCGCUGGAAAUUGAAGGCUUACGCGAAUCCAGCAGACACUCGCAGGACGAGGUUGACUACUCAAAGCGUUGGCGUCUCCUGCAAGCUUCGGAUCUUAGCAAACGUGACGCAACACCAUGA